GCCUCCGAGGUCCGCGGCCUGGCGAUCGAUUUUUAAAAGACGGUGCCUGCCGCACGCGGCCUCUCUGGAUGUCUUCGGUUGCGAGCCCAGGUCAGGUCCAGUGGAAGGCCUGGGACCCUAUGGCUGAACACAAAGGGUUUGUCGUAACUUGAUGCUGAGUGGCACUGUGGGACGAUGAUGAAGGUUGCACCUUCCUUCUGAAGACAAAUGUGAGGGCUGUCACAGGGGAAGUGCAGUGUGAUGCAGGAACCUGCAAGUCCACAGAUCCUGUGUGAGAUAAGAGAGUCGGGAACUCAUUCUCGGUGUAAAAGAUCCGGCCACGAGUUCACACCAGCAGAAGCAGAAGAGACAGGAUAGGAAGAUCAGACUUGCUAAUCACCUUGCACAAGGAACAGAAAAUGACCAUGUUACAGGAGUCAAUCUCAUUUGAAGAUUUAUCUGUGGACUUCACUCAGAAGGAAUGGCAACUCCUGGACCCCUAUCAGAAGGACUUAUACAAGGAUGUCAUGUUGGAGAACUAUGGCAGCCUAGUGUCACUGGGGUACGAAGUUGUGAAACCUGAUAUCAUCUUCAAGUUGGAACAAGGAGAAGAGCCCUGGGUAGGAGACGGAGCAGUUCCAAGGUCAGCCUCUCUCGAACAAGUCUUGCAAGUGAAUGCUCACGUGACGUGGCACCACGAUAAUCAAGAGAAGCUUAAAAAUAUGAAACAAGAUCAUGAAUGUGAUAUGUUUGGAAAAAAUUUCAAUCUGAGCGUAAACUUUGUCCCUUUCAGGAAAUCAAACAAUGAAGGUGAUGUAGAUGGAUUAAUUUUAAAACAUCAUUUAGAUUUACUUAUUCCAAAGGCAGAUUAUGGAAAAACGGAACCAGAUGACUUAAAUGUAUUUGAUAAAUUGUUUCUCCAUUCUAAGCCCGAGGAAACUGAUGCUUGGUUAAAAUACUAUGAAUGUAAUAAAUAUGAUAAAGUUAGCUAUAAGAAGUCACAGAUUAUCAUAUAUCACAGAACCCGUUUAGGGGAGAAACUUUAUGAGUGCAGCGAAUGUAGGAAACGCUUUAGUAAGAAAUCAAGUCUCAUUAAACAUCAGAGCAGACAUAUAAGAGAGAUAGCCUAUGGCUGUGGUAAAUGUGGCAAAACUUUUCCCCAGAAGUCACAGUUUAUCACACAUCACAGAACUCACACAGGAGAGAAACCUUAUGAUUGUAGCCACUGUGGAAAAGCCUUUUCCCAGAAGUCACAGCUCACAUCCCAUCAGAGGACACAUACAGGAGAGAAACCGUAUGAAUGUGGUGAGUGUGGAAAAGCCUUCUCCAGGAAGUCACAUCUUAUAUCACAUUGGAGGACACACACAGGAGAAAAACCCUAUGGAUGCAAGGUAUGUGGGAGGGCCUUUAGUGAAAAGUCAAAUCUCAUUAAUCAUCAGAGAAUUCACACGGGAGAGAAACCUUUUGAAUGCAGAGAAUGUGGGAAAGCUUUUAGCAGGAAGUCACAACUCGUUACACAUCACAGGACUCACACAGGAACAAAACCCUAUGGCUGUAGUGACUGUAGAAAAGCCUUCUUUGAGAAAUCAGAGCUCAUCAGGCAUCAGACAAUUCAUACUGGAGAGAAGCCCUAUGAAUGCAGUGAAUGUCGGAAAGCGUUCAGAGAGAGGUCGAGUCUCAUUAACCAUCAGAGAACCCACACGGGAGAGAAACCUCAUGGAUGCGUUCAGUGUGGGAAAGCCUUCUCCCAGAAGUCACAUCUCAUAUCGCAUCAGAUGACACACACAGGGGAAAAACCCUUCGUAUGCAGCAAAUGUGGGAAGGCCUUUAGCAGGAAAUCCCAGCUUGUCAGACAUCAGCGAACUCAUACAGGAGAAAAACCCUAUGAAUGCAGUGCAUGUGGGAAAGCUUUCAGUGAGAAACUAAGCCUCACUAAUCAUCAGAGAAUUCACACAGGAGAAAAACCCUAUGUGUGCGUUGAAUGUGGGAAGGCCUUUUGUCAGAAGUCACAUCUUAUAUCACACCAGAGGACACAUACAGGAGAGAAACCUUACGAAUGCACUGAAUGCGGGAAAGCCUUUGGAGAGAAGUCAAGCCUUGCAACUCAUCAGAGAACUCACACGGGAGAAAAACCGUAUGAAUGCAGGGAUUGCGAAAAAGCCUUCUCGCAGAAAUCACAGCUCAAUACCCACCAGAGAAUUCACACAGGAGAGAAACCCUUUGAGUGCAGUCUUUGUAGGAAAGCUUUCUUUGAGAAGUCAGAGCUAAUUAGACAUCAGAGAACUCAUACAGGAGAAAAACCUUAUGAAUGCAGUGAAUGUAGAAAAGCUUUUAGGGAGAAGUCAAGUCUCAUCAAUCAUCAGAGGAUACAUACAGGAGAGAAGCCCUUUGAAUGCAGUGAGUGUGGCAAAGCCUUCUCUCGGAAAUCACACCUCAUACCACAUCAGAGGACACAUACAGGAGAGAAACCCUAUGGAUGCAGUGAAUGUAGGAAGGCCUUCUCUCAGAAGUCACAGCUUGUUAAUCAUCAGAGAAUUCAUACAGGAGAGAAACCUUAUCAAUGUCAUGAAUGUGAGAAAGCCUUCUCCCAAAAGUCACAGCUCAUUAAUCAUCAGAGAACUCAUACAGCAAAGAAAUCCUAGAAAUGGAGUCAAUAUUAGUCUUUGACAAGAGAUCCUACCUCAUUGUACUCCAGAAAAUGCAGGUAAGUCUUUCAGAUAAUAGUCACACUGCAUUAUCUGUCUGGGCCUCUUAGGGUAGGAACUCUAAAUGAGUAUGUAGGGAUUUUAAGCUUUCAGCAGAUUAACACAUUUAUACACCAGAAUUUAUGGAGUAGAAUGAGCCUAUGAAAUGUAGUGGAUUUCAAAAACAUUUCAAACCAUAGUCAAACCUUAUAAACAACUAGGAGCAAAGAGGAAUACUGUGAAUAUCAGCCUCCUGUAGGUCAAACCGCAUUAGCUGUUGGAAAAUUCUCCCUGGGGAAAAACCUUGGUCCAGUAUAGCAAGGCAAGUCCAUGAACGUGGCAGUCGAGGUAGUGUUUUCAUUUAGAAGUGACAGCUUAUCGUACAUGAGAAAACGCCUUCAGGAAUGAAGUCCUAUGAAAAUACUAAGUAUGGGACAAUCUUCACUAAUAAUACAACCGUACUGUGUUUUGGAGAACUCGUACUGUGGAUAAACCUAACGAUUUAAUGACAUUGGAAAUCUGUGCCCCUAGAGAUAAUGCUAUAAAGGGAAGCUGUAUACUUUUGAAAAAAAUAGGUACCAAAAAUACCCAAUUCUAAAUGGUUCACAGAUGUUCACUUGAAAGAAUGAAGUUUUAAAUAUAUGUGAAUAAAUUGAGUUGCUGAAACUCAAUAAGAAAUUUCUUAGUGGUAUUUAUGGCUUACUCUCCUUUGUCACAAUGUGUUUUGUAUUUUGGAAUUCCUUAUGAUAAAGAAUGAGGUGGACACACCACAUGCCACUGGGUUUUCUCUUGUUGGUACUGCACAAGCAUUAACUAAUAUCACAUGUUGCUAAAUAACAAGUAGUAAUACAUUUCUUUUUUCCCGUAUUAAUAGUUUGUUGACAUAUAGGAGUCUAAUGUUGUUGACCUUUUUCUUUAGUAAACAAAAGUCAACAUUGUAUAAAGUCUUCUGCAUUCUCAGAGUCUGAGAGACAGUUUAUGUGAAGCCCUGUUAAGUAUUUAAAGGCAGGCACCACAGAAUAGCAGUAGUGAUUCAUGAUAUACCGAGUGAGCAAAAGGAAGGUUUGUGAACUGUAUUACUCAGCAUUCAAACUAAAUGGCAGUAGUGCUGUGCUAAAUCUUUCUCAUUUAGUGAGAUGCUUCCAUUUAUCAAGUAUACAUAUCAAGUGCUGUGUAACAAGUACAACUUGUGUUCUGACUUACUAUGGUGAACUAUGGAUUCUGUGUGCUGCUAGUAAGUUUUCGGUGUUUCAUAAACUAUCUUGUAAAAAUUAGAGGAAGCAAUUACUUAAGAGUCACUGCUCUGAAAAUGUAAAAUAUAGAAAAUUUUGUGGUAAGAUAUAUUUUCGAUGUAUUCAAGGAAGCCUAUUUUGCCUUGCUGCAAAUUUCUGUAAUAACUAGACAAGUAUUAGAAAAUGAAGUUUUCAUUCUUUUAUCAUUUGAAA